AUGGGGAGAUCACCGUGUUGUGAUAAAAAUGGCCUCAAGAAAGGUCCAUGGACUCCAGAAGAAGAUCUCAAACUCAUUCAACAUAUCCAGAUCCAUGGAGCAGGCAACUGGCGAACCCUCCCAAAAAAUGCUGGGCUUCAAAGAUGUGGAAAAAGUUGCCGGCUUCGCUGGACAAACUAUUUAAGGCCAGAUAUCAAGAGAGGAAGAUUCUCUUUUGAAGAAGAAGAGACCAUUAUUCAGCUGCAUCGUGUUCUUGGAAACAAGUGGUCUGCUAUAGCAGCUCGCUUGCCUGGAAGGACAGACAACGAAAUCAAGAAUUAUUGGAAUACUCAUAUCAGAAAAAGACUCCUUCGCAUGGGAAUUGAUCCAGUGACUCAUAGUCCUCGUGUGGAUCUUUUAGAUUUAUCAUCAAUUCUCAACUCAGCUCAGCUUAAUCUUUCAAGCCUACUUGGGCUACAAACUCUGAUGAAUCCAGAGCUGUUGAAACUUGCUGCUACUCUCAUAUCAUCAUCAAAUCAAGAAAACCCUGAAAUUUUAUUGCAAAAACUUCAAGAAAAUCAGUCACUCAACGCUCAAAUGCAAAACCAAAUGACCCCUAUCAAUCUUCAACCUACCCAAAAUCAGUUCCAAAAUACACCUCAACAAGUUCCACUUCCAGUUCAAAGUCAAGCUACUCCUGCGCAAGGCAACAUGGGGGAUAUUUCCAUGGUUUUGACGAAUUUGAAUGGACAAAUGUGUCAAGAAAAUUUGAUUGCUUCAAGCGCAAGUCUUCUUCCUUCACCAAUUUAUAGCUAUGGAAUGACCGAUAAUACUACUGCAGAUCUUUCAGAAAGUUCAGCUUUCCAGUCAUUGAAUGAUAGCAGCAAUCAAAACAGCCAGAACUUUGGUUUCGAGUCGGUUUUAUCCACGCCUUUAUCAGGUUCACCCUUGAAUUCAUCGUCUGCUUUCAUUAACAGUUGCAAUACUGAAGACGAGAGAGAAAGCUAUUGCAGUAACUUGAUGAAGUUUGGAAUUCCAGACAGUUUAGACCUAGAUGAUUUCAUGUAA